AUGAAGCUCGAAAUUGUCAUUUUGGUGCUAGCCAUUGGGCUGCUAUACAAGCUCUCAAUUUGGUGGUUUCAUCCCUUGAGGAGAUUUCCGGGCCCAGUUUCGGCAACUUUCAGCAAUGUAAAGUGUGGCUCAUUAUUAGUAGGACCUGUUGUUCGCGUCGCACCCAACGAGCUAAGCUUCAGCUCAUCUUCCUCAUGGCGUGAUAUAUACGGCCCCCGCAAGGAUGUAGAGCCGUUCGUCAAAAGUGAGUUCUACGAUGGAGGCAACUUUGCCGCGGAGUCGCUCUCCAUCGUGAGCGAGCGUGAUCCAAGGAAGCAUGCCGAGAUGCGCCGUUAUCUCAGCAGCGCUUUCUCCGACCGUUCCCUCAAGUCCCAGGAGCCUCUCAUUGCAGAGUCCGUGGACCGGCUUGUUGAAAAGCUCGAAGAAGCCGGUCAUGGUGCACACGGUACGAAUAUGGUCAUGUGGUUCAAUCUAGUCACCUUCGACAUCAUCGGCAGCCUUGCGUUCGGAAAAGAUUUUGGUGGCGUUGAAGCAGGAAAAGAGCAUUUCUGGGUCGCCAUUGUGACGAAAAGCCUGCGUUUGGGUGCGCUCGCCGAUUGCUUUCGUAGAUUUCCGGCAGUUUCUGUUGUUGUGCAAAAGAUAUGUUCACGGUUCAUCGAGAAGUUGAUGACAGAGAACCGUAAGCAUCAGAAGUAUACCAUGGACUUGGUCCAGAGUCGAUUAGCGAGUCAUUCAGAUCGCGCAGAUUUUCUCACUAAGAUGAUCGAAGCACGCGAGGAGGAAUCCAUCUCAGAUUCGCAGAUUGCUGCUCACUCUUCCGAUUUUGUGUACGAACAAAGUAUUGCCGGCAGUGAAACAACAGCCACAACACUUUCUUGCAUGACUUACUACCUGCUUCAAAACCCUUCCAUCUUGUCGCAGCUGCAGAACGAAGUACGGUCAUCGUUUACCCGAUACGAGGAUAUCACUGCAGCUACCACGAUUCCUCUCAAAUACCUCAAAGCAGUUAUAAAAGAGGCUAUGCGCGUGUACCCUCCUCUUCCUUUCGCGCUUCCCCGUGUUGUUCCUCUGGGCGGAUGCACUGUUGACGGCCAUUUUAUACCAGGUGGAACUGUUGUUUCGACAAGCACUUUCGCGGCAAGCAUGUCGACGGCCAACUUCAGCCAGCCCUGGAAAUUUAAACCGGAAAGAUGGACUGAUGAGAACUGUACCGAUGAUCUCGACGCAAGCCAGCCUUUUUCGUACGGAACGCGAUCCUGCAUGGGACGGAGUCUUGGCUGGAUGGAGCUUCAAACUAUCAUGGCGAAGAUCAUUUACCGGUACGACAUGGAGCUAGUUGAUGACACUGUCGACUGGCACCGUGAUUCGAGAAUGCAUACUCUAUGGGAGAAACCCCCUCUAAUGGUGAGAUUGAAGAAGUGUGUGUAG